AUGGAGGUUGAGAUCUUUGAUGAGUGGGGGAUCGAUUUCAUGGGUCCCUUUGUGAGAUCAUAUGACAUGACAUAUAUCUUUGUGGCAGUGGAUUACGUCUCAAAAUUGUUCGAAGCGGUUUCCUUGCCAAACAAUGAGUCAAGGAGUGUAACCGACUUCUUGAAGAAAAACAUAUUUACUCGAAUUGGAACCCCAAGGGCCAUCCUUCGUGAUGGUGGAUCUCAUUUUUGCUAUAAAGUCUUUCCAGGGUUGCUCGAGAAUGGAGUUAAGCACAAGGUGUCCACUCCGUAUAAUCCUCAAUCGAGUGGUCAAGUUGAAGUCUCCAACGGAGAAAUCAAGAACAUUCUAGCAAAACUUAAGCAAGCAAGGCACCGUGCUUACUUGUCGUCGAUCAAAGUUAGAGGGGUUGAUGUAUCUUGUAGUCCUAUAACGAUCAAUGAUUUCUACUUCAAGGAUUGGGAUAGAGGCACGACAGAAUUUGUUGCCAAGACGGCGCAAAUGGAAGAUGAGCGCGGUUGGGUAGCAUCUGUCAUAGCACAAGGAACUCUAUCCUGGAUUGAGUCAGUAAACAAAAUUCAAAAGAAAGAUCUCACUGCUGGAGGCCAGUAUUGGCUGAGUUUUGUUUGUACUCACUUGCAACCAUCUAAAAAUGAAACUGACAUCAGUAUAGAAAAGGCUAUCUUAAUUGCUUCAAUCAUGUCAGGAUUCAAGGCUGGUGAAGAGGUAGAUGACCAGCUGCUAUACAAGGGAAAACAUGUUUCAUCUACAGAAGACAAAGAUAAAGAGGAGGCAGAUCUGCAGAGGGUCAUAGCACAAUCACUCGAGGAUGUGGCUUCCAUGGCUGCCACCAUUUUCGCAGGGCCAUCACCGUAUGAGGCAAACAGCUCACAGGUGCAGGACCCGGCUCCGCGACUUGAUGAGUCAACUACUUUGGUCCCAGACUCCAUUGUCCAGCCUGAGGUUUAG